AUGAAAAUCCUUGAAGAAAAGAACAUGGAUAGCUCAUCGAUACUCCAAAGCAACAUGACCCAAGUGUCCUUCCUGUACAGCAAGCUCAUAGUGUAUACACUGUUUGCUUUAAUAUUCUUGAUCAUAUUGGUGGUUUUGGUCUUCACUUGCUUUAUCAUAAUAACACUGAAUGUCUUCUUCACAACCCCACAAAUCCAGGACAGUGCUCGAUAUGUCCUCUUCGUCUACAUGCUCAUGAAUGAUACCUUCUUUCUCCUCUUGGGGUUCUAUUUUUUUCUUACAGUUGUCUAUAAAUUAUACAUUCCUGUACCUCUAUGUUACAUCUUGUACAUCCUCUCCUCAAUUACUUUUAGAAUUACCCCCUACAACCUGGCAGCCAUGGCUCUAGAACAAUACGUGGCUAUUUGUCACCCACUACAACAUGUAGAGCUCUGCACAGCCUAUAGAGCUCAUAUGGUCUUCAUCUUUAUAUGUUCCUUGUUGACCAUACCAUAUGCAGUUGAACUAUUUGUCAUGCUUUCCUCAAUGACAAAUAUAUUCCAUCUCUAUAUUAUAUGUAAGCAGGAAUUGCUGAUAGUAAAUCCCAUCCAGAAUGUUCUAAGAUCCAUCGAUCUAAUCCUGUCCUUCACCUUGGUGGGAACUGUCAUUCUAGUCACCUACUUUAAGAUCAUGCUGGUUGCUCGUAGAUUAAGUUCUCGGCCAUCUCCUGCUUCCAAAGCUGGAAAAACUGUCAUGCUCCACGCUUUUCAAUUGCUUUUAUGCAUGGUUUCCUUAUUGUCCCAAUUAACAGAAUAUCUUCCAAUCAAACAAGCUGGAAUUAUGCCCUUUAUAAACUUUUUGGCAUUUACUUGCAUUUCAAGAUUACUCAGUCCAUUGAUUUAUGGGUUCCGUGACGAAACUUUGAGAGAACAUAUGAAAAGGUCUUUACAACAUUUCUCUCGUGGUUUUUUUUUUUAA